CCUAGUUCAGCCUCGUCUUCAGCAGUGAGAUCAGUGCUCUCCACAGAUAUACAGAUCUGCUUUUCUUUUCUCUUAUUUCAACUCAGGUGCUGGUCAAUCCAACCAAAAGAUUCAUGGGACUCAGAUUCCAUCAUCACAGACAGAUGCUUUGAUUGAGCAAGCAACGAAGAUGUCUCUCAGACGACUUCUCAACCCGACGGACGAUGACACUGGAGACGAAUGGACAGAUGACAUGCGACGCGUUCGUCCGAGGCUCGAAGGGCCUGUUGACUGGGCUCUGAACCCAACAGAGGACCACCUCGACCCGAUUGUCUAUCCAACAGAUAUGUCGUUCAACCAUUCCUUCGGUGACCAAGAAAUGAUGUUUGUAAAUCAGCAUGCGCCAGUUCCGGGUCUAGACGCCAUUUCCUUUGGUCAAGCCUCCUUUUUGCAGCCGGUGCCGAAUGAUGUAGGGUUGAGUGGUACAUCCACGACAUCAAAACCUGGGAUCGAAUUUAUCGAUGAGUCAGGGGUUAACGCCGAUGUUUCGAUGGUGGAUGCCGCGUCCAAUGGGCAGGAAGAGCAGGUCUGCUACGGAAUGCUCGUCCAUGAGAAGGUUAAAUUGGUAGGAAAAGGCCAAGAACUAGAAACUAAAAUACUAGCACUUAAAGAGAAUAACCAGCAUGUUCAAACCCUUGACAUCCAGUUGUCUGGCGACGGGCCACUCUCUCUCAGGUUUCCAGACGGCACGGAUUUAGGCUAUCUAUCCAAAAAGAUGGAGCAGGCUUUGCAAGGGCUUAUUGGCUUGCCCUUAUUCGAGAUCGAUGCUCUCACCAAUCUCAAUUCUCUCAUCGAGUCCCUGCGUCGUGCUGGGAAGCCAGCUGAUGCGGCGAUCCGCGUGAGCGUCAACGUUUAUGGAAGAGAAUCUGAUCGCGAUGAAGUAGGGAGAGAACUUUCAAAGAAGGAUCUCUUCCUCCAACACCCGGAUGACUGUCGUGUGGGGGUCAGAUAUGACAAUCCACAUAUCCUACACUUAGAUGGGAUGGAUGAGACAGAUACCGAUGAAGAGGAUGAAGAAGAUGUUACUGAGGUGGAAGUGUCUGAAACUACGCCCGAGCAGGAAGAGGGCCUCAGGGAGACCCUUGACGAGGUCUUUAAUUCGCUAACACGGGGUGAUCACCUUAGACAACUAGGAGGGGGCGAGACAUUGAAUAGGACCUUAUAUCAGCAUCAAGGAGAAGCGUUGGAUUUCAUGAUACAACGAGAGACGGGUGCUAUCCCAGAUGAAUAUCGCCUCUGGCAACCAAAUCCUAUGGGCCGGGGGCAACUGUAUUGCCAUGUCAUCACCGGCAACGAGCAGCAAGAGCAACCCGACGAGAGCGGUGGAGGGAUCCUUGCUGACGAGAUGGGCAUGGGAAAGUCUCUUACUACACUCGUUCUUAUGGCAAAGACAUUGCGAGAAGCACGCCAAUGGGUCGAGGGUGUAAAGGCUAUACCAGGAGCUUCCCUUGCUGAGACGCCUACUCGAGCGACGUUGGUCAUUGUUCCCUCGCGCGUUUUGAUUAACACCUGGGAGAGAGAAAUUGACGAUCACCUAAAUGCUGGCAUGAAGAUGAUGAGAUACCAUGGGCGAUCACGGAAGGAGCUUAUUAGCAAUAUCGACCGAUAUGAUAUUGUCAUUACCACGUAUAACACUCUUGCAAAGGAACAUGACGCAAAGGUCCUCGGAAAGGGGCAGAGCCCGCUACAUGACUUUGCGUGGUAUCGAGUUGUCCUGGAUGAAGCCCACAUGAUACGUCGCCGUAGCACAACCUUCCACAGGGCUGUGGUCGAACUGAGAGCCAAAUCACGCUGGUGUCUCUCGGGAACUCCUAUCCAGAACAGCUUAGGCGAUCUAGGCUCACUAUUGGCUUUUAUACAACUAAAGCCUUUCCACGAUCCCAGAAACUUCAGUCAUUGGAUAGCUAACCCUUUUGGAGUCAGGGCAACCAAGCGGAAAGCAAUCGAAAGGCUCACACUUCUUCUGGAAGCUAUCUGUCUCCGGCGAACAAUAGAGCGCGUUGAUUUGCCAGGUCAACGAUCAGAGAUAAGCCUUGUGCAAUUUACUCCUGAAGAACGUGCCGAGUAUGAGCUUACAAUCAAAGACAUGACGCGAUUCAUCCACCAAAAAGCUGGGGAAUACAAUCAGCAAGCAGAGACAUUUGGCAUGUUCCAGGUCUUUCUGCAGCUAAGGAGCUUUUGUAAUCAUGGAACAUAUCAGCCCCGGUUCUCUUGGGCUAAGAGGAACCUACUGGAGGAUGAAUUGGACCCUGUCUGUUCGAUGACGAGAGAUAGCUUGAACCGCUGUUCUGGGUGCCGACAGCCUUUGCCGGUCAUACCACACGACAGCCGGCCAAAUUAUGUAGAAAGUUGCAAGCAUGUCCUGUGUGAUGAAUGUUCUUGGGGCAGCAGCAUUCAGUCAGACCUGGAGGAGAGGCGCCACUGCCCACUAUGUCAGUCUCUUAGGGGGGCACGUUAUCGUGGCCAUAUGCCCGCCGCGUCAAGUCAGAGAAACCGAAACGAUACAGAUCAUCUGAACGCGGACGGGUUCUCAUCCAAGAUGAGGGCGCUUAUAUCCGACGUGCAGAGGGAUAUAGGCACAACCAAAAGUAUCAUUUUCUCAUGCUGGACACGGACCCUUGACCUGAUAGCAAAGCAUCUGAAAGCCUCACGUAUAGAAUUUGAGCGCAUUGACGGAAAAAUAUCAACGUCUCAGCGCCAAAAGAUUCUUGACAAAUUCGAUGGCACCAGGACGGUCCCCGUGUUAAUCAUGACAACAGGCACAGGAGCUUUCGGGCUGAAUCUAAAAUCCGUCAAUCGGGUAUUUAUCGUCGAGCCACAAUGGAAUCCUAGUGUUGAGAGCCAGGCUAUUGCACGCGCAAUUCGCCUUGGCCAGGAGCAGCAAGUCCAAGUCACCCGUUACCGUGUUGAGAACAGUAUUGAGGAGGUCAUGUGCUCUCAACAAACGCAAAAAUUGAAGAUCAGUCAAAUGGACUUCAAAAAGGACUUGGAAGCAUCUGCUGCUGGUGAUGAAGGAACCUCUGAUGAUCCUUCAGACAUUCAUUGAAAGGUGUACCGUGGCGACGAUGUCUCAGCUCACUGCCCUUCAGCUCCAAAGCAAAUCGUUAGCCGGGCACCAUUCGGUGGAUAAACGUGCGUAACCUGUUAGUGACAGAUCUACAAUGAUAAUUGCGUUAGAUGAUACACUCCAAUUUCAU